GAGGGCACCUUUACUAUAAUCAAGACCAAAUUUGACACCUAAAAUAGGCCUCUGGGCUCUGACCUCUCCCUAAUGGUCUUUGCUAUUUCACCACAAUUUCAGAGACCACCAUGAAACUUGCCCAGUAACACAGAAGCAAAGAUGCGGGAUAGCUCCGGCUACAAGGAAUACGUGGCCGGAUUGCUCGCCGGCGUUGCCACUGUCAGCACCGGCCAUCCAUUUGACACCGUCAAGGUGAAGAUGCAAAUGCACAACACUGUAGACCAUGGGAUUACAUAUCGGAACGGCUUGCAUUGUACUGCGAGGAUACUAAGGACUGAAGGGAUAAAAGGACUUUACAGAGGGGCAACAUCAUCUUUUGUGGGGGUAGCUUUUGAGAGUUCGCUUCUUUUUGGCAUGUAUUCCCAGAUGAAACAGUCGCUGCAGGGAAAUGUGCAAAGUGUUGUGCCUCAACCACAUGUCAUAAUUCCAUCUGCAGCUUCUGGUGGAGCAGUGAUCAGUUUUAUUCUAUGCCCCUCAGAGCUAGUGAAGUGUAGGAUGCAAGUUCAAGGCACAGACUCUUUGAUACCGAUAUCAAGUAGAUAUGCCGGCCCUCUUGAUUGUGCCAUUAAAACUGUAAAAGAGGAUGGGGUUAGAGGAAUUUUUCGUGGAGGUUUUACAACAUUGUUAAGAGAAGCUACUGGAAAUGCAGUCUUUUUUAGCGUAUAUGAAUAUGUCCGCUAUCAGAUGCAUUUACAACUGAACUCUGCUUCAUCAGGCCACAAGAACUUGAUUGACUUGGGAGUUGGGGUUCUUAGUGGUGGCCUUAGUGGUAUAGCUUUUUGGUGUGCUGUGUUGCCCUUGGAUGUGGCGAAGACCAUAAUCCAGACAUCAGCAGAUAAGAACUCUUCAAGAAAUCCAUUUCAUAUCUUAAGCUCAAUAUACAGAAGGGCUGGAUUGAAAGGAUGCUAUACAGGUCUAGGUCCUACAAUAGUUAGGGCCUUUCCUGCUAAUGCUGCGGCAAUUGUAAGCUGGGAGGUAGCCAUUAAACUAUUAGGGAUCAAACGUGAAUGAAGAUAUUAAUUCUCUGAAUCUCUGCAUUUACCAAAAGCCUCUAACCUAUUUUCCAAUUCUUAAUGGAAUACAAUUCAAGGUUCCGCAUACAGACAUCAUCCAGAGAAAAUUCUUCACUUGGCCAACUCAUCGAUUGUUACCGUAUCUUGUUUUCUUUAAUCGAGUGAUCCAACAUUUUUUUGCAAGAAACCGUUGGAGAUCAGCUGUGAUUGUGAGUUUGUCUAAUGUUUAGUUCAGUUUAGGUGUGCUUUAUUUUAUAAACACCAUUCAAAGUGUCUGCGAUUGAAUCUGCUCCUUGUUUGUGCCAUGAUUGAUGGUGCAAGAUUAUGUAUCAAUUAUUUCUGUAAUCUCUAUCCGUAU